AUGCCUAAUGGCGCUGCUUCAUCUUCUCCGACGAUAGCGAAAAGGUAUAAGAAGUCCCCCGUGUUUCCACCAAAGACCUACGAAGCGGCGAGCUGCCCCGCCCCAAACGGUGCCUGGCAAAUCGUCACGAAGGAGACGCGAGAGCCUGCGCCAAACGAGGUCGUCAUCCGCGUGCACGCGUCGGGCAUCUGCAACUCCGACCACUUUGUCAAGGACGGAACCUGGCCUGGCCUACAGUACCCCCGCAUCCCGGGUCAUGAGGUCAUUGGCCGCAUCGCCGCCGUGGGCGCCGCCAUCGCGGACGCGGACGCAGCGGAGGGCGAAGGCGCGCGAUUCAGAGUCGGCGCUCUCGUCGGCGUGGGCUGGAACGGGGGGUAUUGCGGGCGGUGCGACUUCUGUAGGAAGGGUGACUUCGCAGUAUGCAGGAAGGGCGGCGUCACGGGCUUCACGUUCGACGGCGGGCACGCCCAAUACAUGUAUGCGCCGGAGUCGGCGGUUGUGAGCAUCGCCGAGGAGGCGCUCCAGAAGGCGUCGUAUGCGGAACUGGCCCCCCUCUUUUGCGGCGGCGUCACCGUGUUCGACGCCAUUCGGACCACGCCAUUUACCCCGGGCGACAUUUGCGUGGUUCAAGGAAUUGGAGGGCUCGGGCAUCUCGCCAUCCAGUACGCCGCGAAGCUGGGAUUGAAGGUGUAUGCUGUGUCCUCCGGACACGCGAAGCGCGCUCUCGCGCUCUCCAUCGGCGCGCACGAGUACAUCGAUUCGAGCACAACGAACGCGGUCGAGCGCCUCCAGGCAGUCGGCGGUGCGCGUGUCAUCAUUUGCACCGCGCCCCGCGCGAAGCACAUCAACGAGAUCAUCCCAGCCUUGGGGAGAAGUGGGACGGUCACGCUAGUUUCCGCUGCUACCGACGCACCAAUCGAGGUGUGGAACCUCUUCUUGAACAUGAACCGCGCGAGCAUCCGCGGGUGGUCGUGUGGCUGCGCGUCGGACAUGGAGCACUGUGUGAAGUUCUCGACUCUUUCUGACAUUAAGUCGAUUGUUAAGGAAUACAGUCUUGAGGAGUUCGCCGUUGCGUACGAAGGGGUCGUUUCAAACGAGGCACGCUUCCGCAAUGUCAUUGUGUUUCCGUAG